CGUUAAGCAGGACGCAGGUCACUCGAGGUUGUUAGCUCAUCUGUAUGAGAUCUUAGCUGCGUGAAGUCUAUGAUAAUCGCGCGCUUGGCAGUGGAAGGGUUUGCACUCGCUGCAGCCCAACCCUUCCUCUUCCCCUGACUCCCAGACACUGCAUUGGAAAGAUGGCCUUGCAAGCUACCACCUUCUUCAUGCACUGUCUGGGAGUUAGGCCACAUCUGUCGGGCAAAUGCACUUGGCAGUCGCUCGGGUCGGGUCAGUGGCUUUUCCACAUUACCUACUUGCAGUCUGCCAGACAAUUCUCACGAGCAGUAAUGACUAGCCAGUAGGCUGCCCGAGAAGCUCGUUCACACACCUCCACUCAAGUUUCGACUACGCCUGCCCAGAAAGUGCUAUACAUGCGAUUAUAGACGCGCUUGGGUUAAGCAUGCAUUGCUAUUGACUUAACGGGAGCGCAGCUCACCGACGGGGGAAUACGUGGAGAGCUCCCGCAACAUCAGAAACAAGUUGUGACUUCGGUCAACUCCGCCCCCGCGUCGCUGCAGCAAGCAGGCACCUAGAAGAAUGUACCCUCCACCUGGCCAGCAGCAUCCUCAGUACGGCGGGGCCCCCCCGCCAGCUUACCCAGCGGUGCCAGGUGGCCCUGGUCCUGGCGCUCCCCCGCCUCCACCACCCCCGCCUCCAGCCCCGGCCGGCACCCCACCGCCGGCUGGCGCGGGUAGCAGUGCCCCGCCAGCCGGCGCGCCAGACAGCGCCAGCCCACCGCCCCGGACUGGGUUCAUGCGGUUCUUCUCAAAGAACAAGCCAGAGCAAGGCUCUCCGGGGCAGAAUGCAGCACCCAGCACGGACCCCGACCAGCAAGGGCAGCAGCAGCCGGGACGCACCCUGUCGCCGGGGCGGCUUUUCGGCUUGUUCGGGCGCGGGAAGGACACGGCUGCUGCAGCCCAGGGUGCCCAAGACCCCUCGCUGCCGGCCGCAGCCAACGCGGCGGCCCUGCAGCAACAGCAGCUGCAGGCUGGAGUGACGGUGGUGCCGCCCCCAACGGGCCUGUGUUCGCGGGCUCCGCCACCGCAUGAGGAGGUGGCCGCCCUGCAGACGUCGCCGCUGUCGCCCUCCAAGUUCGGCCUGCUCAACCGGCCGCCGACAGAACAGAGCCCUGGCGGGGCAACCGGGGCCGCCGCCGGCCAUAACGGCCCCGCGGUAGACCCCAACUUCUCCGGGCCGGCGCCGCUGGACGACACGUACGGCCCCUACGUGCGCUUCCAGGGCUACACGCCCUCCAGCCACCUGUACGAGCUGUCGGUGAUGGUCAUCAUCCACCAGAACAAGAGCCCCAUGCCGCCGUGCCUGCGAUACCGCGAAAAGCAGCAGCACGGCAGUGACGUGGUGCUGCGCAACCCGGUGCGGCUGUGGUCCUACGCCGGCUACAACUUCUGGCGCUGGGACCUGGCGCUGCAGCUGGGCGGCGCGCCCGCCACCCUCGAGUACUGCGUGGUGUGCUCCACCGACCACUUCUUCACCACCCACAAGAAGUACAACAUCCAGCUGCCCUCUGCCAACCAGAAGUGGCACUGGGGCUUCCACUCCUGCAACGGCUUCCACGACCCCGCCGACGAGCUGGCGCAUGGCGGCAUCCAGCCGCUGUGGCGGGACGUGAUGCACGUGCACCAGCGCGACCCCAUCCACGUCAUGUUUGGAGGCGGCGACCAGCUGUACUGCGACGACGUGUGGAAGUUACCGAGCCUGGUCACGUGGACCAUGAUGAGCGACCGGCCCAGCCGCAACAGCCACCCGUUCAGCCAGGCCAUGGUCAAUGAGACGUUUGACUUUUACUUCCGCAACUACACGCACCACUUCGCCAAGGAGGUGUUUGCGGAAGCGCUCGCCUGCAUCCCGCAGUGCAUGAUGUGGGACGACCACGACAUCUUCGACGGCUGGGGCUCCUACCCGCCCGAGCUGCAGAACUGCCCCGUCUUCAGCGGCAUCUUCUUCGUGGCGCGCAAGUUCUACCUGCUGUUCCAGUGCCACGCCGCGGAGGACAACCACCGCCAGCUCAACAAGGGCUGGGGCCUGACGGGUCUGUCCUGGACGCGCAUGGUGGGCUCCACCACGGCGGUGAUCGGGCUGGACAGCCGCGGCGAGCGCACCCGCGAGCAGAUCAUCCGGCCCGCCUCCUGGGCCGCCUUCCAAGACCAGUGCGCCAAGCUGCCGGCGGGGGUGCGGCACGUGGUGGUGGUGGCCACGGUGCCCACCAUCUACCCCUCCGUGCCGGGAGUGGAGGACGCCAUGAUGGCGCUGGCGGGCACGGGCGUGAUGGCCAACGCGCUGACGGCGUUCCUGCAGAAGACCGGCCUGUCAGAGCACCUGUUCAACGCGUUCGGCGAGCCCGAGCUGCUGGACGACCUGCUGGACCACUGGUCGGCGGACGUGCACGAGGUGGAGAAGUUCUGCCUGGUGCGCAUGAUGCAGGACCUGGCGCUGGCGCGCGGCUUCCGCUUCACCAUCUUGUCCGGCGACGUGCACUGUGCGGGGCUGGGCAUGUACCAGACCUACCCCAAACAGAACCUCAAGACCGACUUCAGGUACAUGCAGCAGAUCAUCAGCUCCGCCAUCGGCAACAUCCCCCCGCCCGAGGCCGUGCUCAAGGCCCUGUCCGCUAGCAACAAGCCGCGGAUGCUGGACAACAACACCCGCGAGAAGAUGCGCGGCAUCUUUGAGGACGGCAUGUUGCUCAAGGGCCAACGUAACUGGGCCGACGUGCACGAGCGGCCGCUGCUCACUGGCCCCGCGGCGGCGGCGGCCACACUGGCGGGCGGUGUGUCGGGCGGCGCCGCGGACGGCUCGUUGCACUUUCAGCUGCGCGUGGAGCACCCCGUGUACCGCGAGGUGCGGCCCAGCACGUACGACAUCUGGGUGCCGGUGCUGGAGCUGCAGCCAGGCACAUUCAGCCCCGCGCCGCUGCCGGUGGCGCCGCCGCUGCCGCAGCCGCUCAUGAUCCAGUUCCAGGCAGAGCUGGUGGCCGCAGGCGUGGGCAUGGACGCGGCCAUGCCGGUGACGAUCGCCGCCGGGGGCGCCACGCCGCAACUUCACACCGGUCACCCCGGCGCGGCGCAUGACGCUACGGCGGCGGCGGCGCAGCACGCCGCGCAGCAGGUGGCGGCGUCCAACCAGGCGCUGCAGCAGCAACAGCAGCUGCAGCAGCAGCAGGCGCAGGCGGCCGCGGCGACGGAGCAAAUGCGACUCAUGUCACUGGCUGGCGCAGGGGCGGCGGCAGGGGCGGCGGGGCAGCUGCAGCACUCGCCUCCGACUCAGCCACAGGACGCAUACGGGCUCGCCAGCGACAUCAACCAGCACGCUGGGCAGCAACAGGCGGCAGGAGGCUACCCGUACGGACAGCCGCCGCCGGCGGCUGGCGCGGCACCUCAGCAGCCAGCCUACCCCUCACAGGGCGGCGCCCCAUCCGCUCAGACUGGCUAUCCACCCGCCCAGCCCGGCUACCCGCCGGCGCAGCCUCCCUACCCGCCAGCUCCGCAAGCAGCGGCUGGGGGAUAUCCGCCGCAGCCCGCGGCCGCUUCACCAUACGCGCCGAUGGCUUCCAAUUACCCACCGGCGGCUGGUAGCUACCCGCCCCCUGCCGGGUCGUACCCGCCACCUGCGGGUCCCAGUUCAGGCGGCUAUCCACCGCCGCCGGCAGGCGCGCCGUCGCCGUACGCACCGCCGGCAGGCGCGCCGUCGCCGUACGCACCGCCGGCAGGUGCGCCGUCACCGUACGCGCCACCGGCAGGGGCGCCGCCGCCCUACGCACCACCGGCAGGCGCGCCGUCGCCGUACGCACCACCUGCAGGCGCGCCGUCACCGUACGCGCCACCGGCAGGGGCGCCGCCGCCCUACGCCCCGCCGGCUGCUGGUGGGUACCCGCCGCCGCCGCCGGCAGGCGCAUAUCCGCCGCCGGCAGGCUACUGACCGCUUUGAGCAAAUCGCUCACCUGGAUGCUGUCAGAAUCCUGCAUGUGCAUCAUCGGGCGUGUAGUCCUGCAUGUGGAGCAGAUUAGUGUUGCUCAGAUUGGUAUUGCUCGUACUUGUGUUGCUCUGUGCAGCAGGGCGGCGGGGGAGGUGGAGGAGGCGCAUGUAGGCAAGAUAGGCAGCGUUGUACCCCCCCUCUGGAUAUAAGUGGCGGCCAAUAGCCCACGGGCGAAGGCCGCCAUGUUGCUGGAUGGUGGCUGCUCCGUGCGUGUGGGGCGCGGCACCUGGACGAGGGGGCGCGGGUUGUAAAUACCAGCCCAGACUAAACCAAACCAAGCUAAAGUAGCGGAGCACAGGCAGAGGCGUUAGUUGUAAGCGAGAAUACUAAUGAAGUAGAAGAUGAAAAGGCCUGAACCAAUGUGCACUCGAACCGUACCUGUUCAUGCAUUGAUAGCGCAUCCAGCAUGUGAGUAACACAAUUUGCAUGGUACCACUUCAUGCCCGCGCUGGGCCGCCACUGUCCACACCAGGUAUGAAGAGGCAGCCUCAUAAAUCGAUACGCCAUAUCAGUGAACUAUGGGGGCAUGAAGCACCGUAGUUGCAAGGGCAGUUGAAGGGGCGUGCGCUUACCGCUGACACGCCAAGCGUUACCGGUGAUGCGGGUCACAACUGCGGUCAUGGAACCCGAGCCUGUGGGGUUUACGCAGAACUGAACGGCUGCAUGGCCGGUGUUGGUUGCGGGGGCUGGGUUGAUGCUGUCUCAUUACGGCAUGGACGCCGUACGGUAUAAGCUGGUUGUGGGCGGAACACGGAAGUUCUACGACACACAAGUAUAUAGCCCCGCGGACGGCGCCCUGGAGCAUCUAGAUGUGUCUUUUACCGACUAUCCUACUACACUGGUAGAGGUCAACGCGCUGGUGGGAUUGCGCGCGGGGCGUCGUGCCGGAUACCCGCUCAUUAUUGCGGCCCACACCACCAUCAAUGGAUCCAGCUCUUGAUGCCAUAUGAGCUGGAAGGGCCCCAGAGUCACACCGUGUCCCCGGGUCGUGUCCGUGUCGUUCCUGCAGGUGCUGCAAGUAUGCAAGGAUCUGUCGUUUCGGACAGCCGGACUUUGGGACUCCCAGUCCUAGCCACCAGCUUGACGCCGCCCCCAGCUCCUCGCCCUUGAGCCACGGCUGCCUCCUGCUGUCCCAGUAAACCUGUAAACGCCAGGUCGC